CCGUAUUUAACGGUAAAGCUAAAUGGGUAUGAAUUACGGGUACAUACCGAUUUUGUGUGUAUAUGUGUACCUACGGUGUGUGUAGAGGGCCGAGCUUUUGUAUUUAAGUCUUAUACGGCUGAUCUGUUUUGAAUAGCGCGUUAACAAAAAGACACGGGAAAUAAUACAGACUUAUCGAUACAUGCGCAAAUUAAUGACAAGUGUGUGUGCCGGGGUAACCGGGCAGUGUUGCUAGGGACUACUCGUUGUUUGAGCCUUACGAGACUAUCCCGUGGUUCCUAUACAAGUCCUAUGGUGGCCUAUGGGGUCUUGUUAGCAAACAUUGGAGGAAACUAUAUUCCAUACACAGGAUAUUUACAAAAAAUUAAUUAAUUAUACGGGGGCCGUUAAAGGCGACAACAUGUCACAGGUAGGGAUACCUCGCCCGUCUUUUUCGGGGCCGGGGCAGAAAGUUGGCGUUAGUUUGCCACAAAUUGAACACCCACUUUCCAGAAUGGAGAACCCGGAGCAUUUAGGAGUACGUGGAGUAUCCAGGGCCGGAGACAGGCCCGGGUCCCAUCCCAACUUCGGGAUGUCCAGCCGCCCUCUCGCUAACGAAAAUACGUACCCAACGAGGAAAAGUAUGAGUGCCCUAGAGAGGGAAAGCCGGAGGGGUUCCAGGAUGGCUAUGUCCUAUCCUAACUACAACGCCACAGCCAUCCCCGAGGGAGUCGAGGUUACGUACGGGGAUCCCAACAAGACAAGACUCCCUGUUUUUGGUAGCAGAGCUGACGUAGUGAUGAGCAGAAUGGGCGCGGAAAGUCGCGUGUCCUCCCGACUGUCCAACGCUUCCACACGUGCAAGGCUAGAGGUGGACGAGAUUGAGGCAAGGCUAAGACAGAAGAUGAGAGGAAGUUUUUAUGAAGUAAAGAAAAGAUUUAAAGACAUGGACCCAGAACAGAAAGGAAAUGUAUCACGGGAAGCCUUACACCGGAUUCUGGUCACUGUCCUGACCCAGGAGAUGGGGCAGUCUGUUUUCAACAGAUUGAUGGACCGAUUCGGUUUCUCUGACCGACAGAUGGUCAACUAUACAGAGUUGUUCGCACAUUUCCGUGAGAUGCCCGACGAUUAUCCCCAGUGGAUGGACCCCGUCCAGAGAAACUAUGCCUCGGACAAGGCCUCCAUGUCCUCUGGUGAGGUCCACGCCCAGCUCAGGGAGAAGGCCAAGCAGAGGUUCCUGGACAUAGCGGACCUGAUCCCACAAAUCAACCCCGGCGGUUCUGGGAGAAUCCUUAAAUCAGAGUUUAAACAAAUGUGUAACAAGCUCAUGUUCUAUAUGGAGGAUUCAGAAUUCGAAAAAUUAUGGAAAAAGUACGACCCUAAAAGCACAGGAACCAUUGGAGCGGAGAGACUGCUAAACAGCCUCGGGAUCACCUUCCGAAGUGGGACUCCCAAUAAACCCCGCGCCGUGCUAUCUCCGAUCGCUGAGCCUGGAGAACGCAAAAAAAGUAAAAAGAAAACAAACAAAAAGGCUAAAAUCGAGGAGGUUCCGGAGCUAGAGGAAUAUGGUGGCAACUCCAAUCGAUCACCACGACGGAAGGAGAUUGAAAGGAAGCAAUCCUUGGAUGUGGAAAGAUGGAUGAAAAACAAAUUCCGAGAGGGCUGCCAUAACAUGAAGGAAGCGUUUGAAGCCAAGGACGAGAAGAAUUCCGGAGUUGUGGCUUUUGACGACUUCCUGACGGUACUAGGGGCCUACGGUCUGACCCUAGAGAAGAAGCUGCUAGCAGCGUUCCUGUCCCGCUGUAGUGUGCAGGCACGUCGUGAGGGUGUCCCCUACAGGGAGUUUCUUCAUCGUUUCCAGGACCGAUCAGAGACCGGCAUGACCCACAACAUCCUCACUAACAACAAACACAGGGUGAACAAGCGCCCUGACAGUCCCGGGGGUGGCUCUACCAUGAGUAGCAUUGAGGUGCAAUUGAUGAACAUGUUCCAAAGGGACUUCCUGUCUCUACUGGGUACAUUCAAGAGCAUUGACAAACUGGGAUUAAAUGUCAUCAGCCUAGAAGAAUUCCGUGCAGCCAUGGAAAGCAAGUUCCAGUUCCACCUGACCGAUACCCAGUUUGACCAUUUCGUAGAUAAGCUCCCAUUAGAUGAGGAUGGAAAUGUCAAAUAUGCUGAUUUCAUGCAGCACUUCGACACAAAGGGUCUUGCACCAAGCUUGUUUGAAAAUCAUCCCAAGACUGACGCUCCAGUUGCUACGGUCGCUAACGGAGGACCUGCUGCAGCGAUGCCACAACUUCAGGAGGAAAUGGAGGUUGACCCUGACCUUGACCUUGAUGAGGCUUUGGACAAUUUUGGUGUCAAUAGGCGUACUCCUCCGGAGCUCUUCAGUAAGAUUAAGGAUCUCCUCAAUAGAAGGUUCCAAGAAGUAGAAAAGGCAUUCUAUUCACAGGAUGAAAUAAAUUCAAGACGUUUAACACAAGAAUCUUUCUAUCGGCUAAUGAAGAAAUUUGAUAUUCAACCGGAAAUUUCCCGAGGAGAAAUCAGAGAUCUAUGGAGGACUUUCAUAACAAACACCGAUAAGACACUCGACUACCACCAGUUUGUCCGCCAUUUCGGGUUUUCCAUGCGGUCAGCUGCAUUCCCAAAUGCUAAAGUCAACCCCCCCAGGAAAGGUGAUGCGGAUUUCAUGCUCAGGUCCAGAAAACUUAACUGUGCAGCUGACAUGCUCCAGGACAAUCUCAGGGCUAAGGUUGACUACAUGUGGGAAGAUCUACGUAAGGAGUUUGUGGCCAUGGACCUUUACGGGACUGGCUUCGUGCAACGGGACGAGUUCCGCGAGCUCCUCACUGAGCUCUGUGUCCACCUCAGCGACUAUGAGGUGAACAUGCUGUGUAACAAGUUUGAGAUCAGGAAGGAUGGAAGGGUUAACUACAUUGAGUUUCUGAAACCGUUCGCUCUGAGAAAGCAGGUGUGGCGCCAUGGUAACAACAUGCUGUCCCUGCUGCAGCAUCCCCAGCCAGAACUGCCCAUCACAGACAUUGUGGAACCCCCACAGAAGGGGCUUCACGGGCUCACCGCCAAGCUCAGACAGAAGUUGGCUGGAGACUGGAAGAACUUACGUCGUGCGUUCCGGAAGCUUGAUACAAAGAACAUUGGUUAUCUGUCCCUGCCGGAGUUCCGGUCCGUGCUGAAACUAGCCAAUGUGAUUCUGGACGAGGAUGAGGUGUAUCACGUUAUGACACAAUUUGAUAACAACAUGUCAGGCAAAAUCCCGUACGAAAAGUUUAUAGAGGAGACAUUUAAGCCUCAAACCAACCACAGCGUCAAAAGGUUGUGAGCAGUCAGCAUUACUUAAACUAUUGUUGACUUUUAAAAAGUCAUCGGGUUGAUCUGGAGUUUCAAUUUGCUCAAUAUACCUCGUAUACAGUCGACAUUGUACUGCUUUCCUGACGCUAGAUAAUAUUAAAUUCAAAGUGCUGUUGCACAUUUUUUCUAUCGGAGGAUAGGGAUAAAAUACAAUAAAUUUAUAUGUCAUUAAUACAGACUGCAGUUUGGUGAUAUCUGAGGCAUUUUUGAGCACAUAUUUAUAAGAAUACUAUCAGGAUGAUCUAUGCGAGGACCGCGAGCAGGAACGGUCGGUCUAAUAUUAGUUAGGCAACAAAUAUUGCCAGCUUGAAAUAUCUCUUCGCAUUAAGCAAGUAUAUCAAGGGAAAUAAUUCAUGAUAAAUAAAACACCAGGCUAACGGGGACCAAUAUUCGUCUAUUUUUCCUGUUAAGAAAUAACUUCAUGAGUAUACUGUUUUUUCCUUUGGUCAUGUUUCCAACUUGACAUAAUAGAGGGACUGUCUUGUUGUGAAUCUAGAAGAACUAUGUUAUAUUUUACACCAUGUUAUGAUUUUGUUACAUUUGAGUGGUUAUAAAAUUUACAGAUAUAUCAUUACAUAAAUAGUUCAUGUUUCUGAAAAAAAUCUUUCAAUUCUGUCAAGCAUGCGUUCUUCUGUAUGACGCUUAUACCUAUAUAUUGUUUUGAAGUAUUUGCUAUGUAUUUCUAUCUCCCCACGAGAUCUGUGUUACCUUCUGUUGUGAGGCUAGUAUUUAAGGACGUUAUGGAUAGUAUUUAUGCACCUUUAUCUAUGUUACUGACUGUUAUUUGUCGGUCAACAAAUAUUUAUACAAAUAUAUCAAUGUAAUGCACAAAAGUGAAUAAGAUAUUUAUUGUCUUUAAAUAAUGGAACAGUAAAUGGAUUAUUGUAGUGUAUAUGGAUGAGGAAAAUAAGGUUUUAUCAAAGACUGUGAUAUCCUAUGAAUGUUGUUUUUGUCAGCAUACUAUUUACUGUUCAUUGUGUGUACCUUUUAUCAGUAUUACUCUGGCAUAAUAACAUAUACGUAUCAUCUCAAUGUUUAAUUGACAUAUACAUAUACGUAUCAUCUCAAUGUUUAAUUGACAUAUACAUAUACGUAUCAUCUCAAUGUUUAAUUGAC